GGUAGGCUUUUUAAAUCCUUCAUACGUGUUAGUAAUACAUGUGUGUGUAUAUUGCAACCACCGUGGUCCGGUGUAGAUAAGUUAUUAGAGAAAAAUUAGAUAGUUUGAUAACGUGAUUCCCAUUAUGAUUAGUCCAUGACCUCCGAUAGAAAUGUGGAGUGUAUCUCUUUGGAGGAUUCCGCGUAUGAAUCAGUAACGCCUAAGAGACAGUCCAGGCGAAAUUUGGUUAGUCAACGAAUGGAUAACAGCAGGCUGGAGAUGCCAGAUAAACCGUCCAAUGAGGAAAUUAAAAUUUCUAACUCUGGGAUCCUGGAAGAUUCGGGAAUUCCAGUUGGAGGGUGUACACCACAAUCGGACCUCAAGCAAAUAGAUAAUUCAAUUUUUAAUACCAUUGGAAAAAUCGUUAAUCGGACAGCUAAAGUUCCAGAGAUACAGGAUUUCAAAAUAGUGAAACCAAUAAGCAGGGGUGCAUUUGGUAAGGUCUUUCUUGGCUACAAAAAGACAAACCCAGAGCAGAUGUAUGCGAUUAAAGUAAUGAAAAAAAACGAGAUGAUAAAUAAGAAUAUGGCAUCACAGGUAGUGAUCGAAAGAAAUGCCUUAGCUUUGACCCGCAGCCCUUACUGUGUUCAGCUCUUCUACUCCUUGCAAUCUAUCAGUAGCGUUUAUCUUGUUAUGGAAUAUAUGGUUGGCGGCGAUCUUAAGAGUCUCCUAGGCAAUUGUGGCUACAUGGAAGAAUCAAUGGCUGCAUUUUACACAGCUGAAGUUUGCCUCGCCCUGGAGUACCUACAUUCUCAUGGCAUUGUCCAUAGAGAUCUAAAGCCAGACAAUAUGCUGCUUUCCCGGCAGGGUCAUGUAAAACUAACAGACUUUGGACUAAGUAGGAUACCUGCAAUGCAAAGAGACUUGGAGAUAUCCGAUCUGGUGAAUUGCACUCCAAGUCUACUCUCCAGAACCCCUGGUCAGCUCCUCUCUCUCACCUCUCACUUGUCUUUUGGAUCUGGGCAAAAAUCCACAUUGGAUUUAAAUAUUUCAUGCGGUAGCCCAAGGAAUAAUGCCCCAACGAAUCUUAUGUCGAUCUUAAGUCAGGGCUCCAGAAAAAGCAUUGGACUUUCUGGUGCGUCAUUUGUUUCUUCCAAUGCAGCAUCGGCUGAUUACUCUCAAGUUUCCGGAAUUAGUCCCUUCCAAUCUGCAGAGGACUUACGACUCGGUGACGAAAAUGAUACAGUGAGCAAGGGUAUUAACGGAAAACUCGUUGAUGAUGGCGAGGAGGAUAGUACAGGCAGCAGUUUUCAUACUUGCGAAGCUUCGAGCUUGGUCACACGGGUUGACAGCAGCAAAGGGGAGACCGAAGAUGAGUCGACGCUGGAAGCUGAAUGGCCGAAUCGGCGAUUAGAUCACACCAGUCCCUUGAGCAGUAGUGGAAUAUCUUUUACAAGAGGAACAAAACGAAAGAGGAAUGCGGCGCCCGCCCCAUCUGGUCUGACGACAGAAAUCCUCGCUUUGGAAUUGGACGUCGAUUCGACUCCGAAAAGGAAGAAUAGGGGAACAUCAUUCUCGUGUACAAGUCCCACCCACCCCGCGAUCGCUGAUGUUAAGGCGAUCAAUGGAGAAGAAGGUGGUGGUAGCAGCGGGGGAGUCGCAUUCAGCACCCCAGUGUCAUCGAUGAAGCAAAGAAGGAGUCGCGGAGACGGUACCCCUGAAGAUAACGAUGUGAGUCGUGAAAAUCACAGCCACCAUCCACUUCAAAAUCGUAAUCGAAAUCACCUGAUGGAAGACCGGCAUCAGGCGAGUGAAAGCGAUAAGCCAAUUCUAGUCAAGGCAACCAGGUUUGAGUUGCCGCAAUCUACGUCCAAAUCAGCCCCUAACAUCCAUAUGGGGACCGAGGACCAGCAUGGAUCACCGCCGGGUAUAUCUCCGAUAAAAACGCCGGGGGCUAGUUCCGCAGGAAGUCAUACACCCUAUAGAACACCGAAGUCCGUACGACGGGGGGGUAAAUCAAUUUCGCGAUCUGACGAUCGAAUUCUGGGCACCCCAGAUUAUUUAGCUCCCGAAUUACUCCUUAAAAAAGGGCACGGCUCCGCCGUUGAUUGGUGGGCUCUGGGAGUUUGUCUUUUCGAAUUUUGUACGGGUCUUCCUCCGUUUAACGAUGAGACACCGCAGGCAGUGUUCGCCAAUAUUCUCGCUCGCGAUAUUCCGUGGCCCACGGAAUCCGAAGUUCUCUCAGCCGCAGCUGUCGAAGCUGUUGAUGCUCUUCUGAACCUCGAUCCUUCAGCGAGGCCAACCGCCACUGAAGUACGAUCCAUGACACUUUUCAAUGAAUUUCCUUGGGACGUUCCGCUCAGUGCAACACCGCCGUUCAUACCGCAGCCAGACGAUAACUACGAUACUUGUUAUUUUCAAGCUCGGAAUAUACUACAGCACUUGAAUGUGAGCAACUGUGACGUAUAGGAGGUGUGGAUUGUCGCAGCUCGGGAAUAUAGGGAGAAAAAUUAUAUCAGAGGAUUGCUCUGAUCAAUCAUAAUAGCUGAGAUGUACAAUUUUAUUUUUUUCUAUUUUCGUACGUGAGUAUGGAUAAUGAUAUAAAGUAUUUUGUUACGACUUGAAA